CAUAACACGGAAUUGUGCCACUGUGGUUUAGUUUCGCUGGCACAUUACCGCGUCCUACCGCUAGUUUGUUAAACAUGGUUUAAUUACGCUGGAAAACUUGGUGGCAGGCUUGCUAAACCUGAGUGGCUAUGUUUGUUAUUUGAUAGAUUGACAGGCCAACUUUUUCUGCUCGUGUGCGUUGUGAUCUUCGCACUCGAACUUUUCGCUCCGGAAAGACUCGCCCUCCAGCCACUUUUGCAGCUCCUACCAGGGCUGCAUGCAGCCAUGACGCAGCGGCGGCUUCCUAGUACCGCUGCGGCUGCCCGUGAAGUAAAGACUGGUUCAGCCACUGUUGCCGAUAAGCAGUUGAUGGGCGAGGAGCAAUGCAGCCUGCAAGUGGCAUUCGAGGAACUGCAGUGCCACCUAAGACAGUCACGGGACGAGAUUGCCCGCCUUGAACGAGUGAAGGCAAAGCUUCGGGCCGAGGUGGAGGCGAAAAACAUCAGUCUGGGCUACCUCCAGCAGCAGCUAGACAAACGUGACCAAGAGGCAGAAGACCUUAGGUCAAAGCUUGAGCAAGAAAGCCAACGGAACGCUGAGCUCACACAGCAGCUUGCGGAGGCCCAGAAAGCGAAUGCUGAAGCUUUUGGUCCAUCUCCACUGCCAAAGGUCACCAAGAAGCAGCCAUUUCGCUACCCUGUCGAAGUGGGCCUCCGUGACUCCGAUGAAGACGACCCGGCUGUGUGGACAUUGGAUGGCAUGUCGCAAUUAUUGAUGGCUCGAAUGCAGCAGGAGAUAAAAAGCUUGGAAGAGAUAGGUGGGGAAGUCGUCGAAGAUCUUCCCUCAGGUGAUGGGUCGAGAACGCUUGUUAGCCACGACCAGCCACAGGUGGCAGCAAAGGGAACGUCCAAAGAAGAAACGAUACAGCACGACAGCAGCCUGCAAGCUGCAAUGCGGCUUAUUGCCACGCUCACUGCACAGCUUAACACUGCCAGGGAAAGGGUGCUGGGCCAGAGGGCAGCGCUGCUCUCCACUUUGGCCAGGCUUAGAGAUAGCCAAGCUAAGAGGCCAGGUGAACGUCCCACUCGGCCGGCACUAAGUGGAACAAGGCCUUCGGACGAAAGCUUUCGCGUCUACUUUACGCAACAGCUCUCUGCAAGCGGCCUCAACGCAGAACUGUCUCAAGGCGCACUACCAGAAGAAGAGCUCGAGAGGGUUUGUCCCAUCUGCGAGGUCCUCUUCCCACGGCGCUUCUCUCAAGACGACUUUGAAAGCCACGUCCUCGAGCACCUCUCCGGUCAUCCACUUGUGCUCGAUCCAGCGCAGUAAGCCAUACAGAAAACAGAAGGGUUUUUUUGUUAUAAGUCCGUAAAAACUGUUGGCGCAUGCAUGUGUACCAACUGAGCACGCAGCUAAGCUUAUGGCACACAGGUUUAGCUCAUCAAAAAACACAUUUAAUUUAACCAGCUAAUGUUACGCUAUGUGCAUAGAACCACCAAACUGAUAGGUGUUUCAACAGUACUUUGACUUGGGAGCAUUUAUUCAUUUUGACACUACUCGCAUAGGUGUGCUAAAAUGAGAACACAUAAAGCGUGACUGGCACUUGACUUCAGUGCCAGUGGUUCCGCAUGUGUUCUUUUUAUGCUCAUCCUAAUGCUGUUAUGGUAACACUGUAAGGUUUGAUAUCGUAGGUUCCGUAAACGAUAUGUGUGACUUGUUGCACUAUUUCAGUGCCACCCACUUUUGGAGAUGCGAAAUUCUUGUGCAUUUUAGUAGGCUUGUGCGAAUAGUGAAUUUUUGGUUCGAAGCAAAUUCGAAGCGAGUAGUUAUUUUAAUCGAAUAAUUUCGAAUCGAAUUCGAAUUGUAUGUAUGACAUAUAAAAAAAGGAAUAUUUAUAUGAUGCAACUAACCUGCACAGUAUAUCUUUUGAAUUGAAAUAGGGGGCUUUAUGCAAAUGCCAUUCAUUUUUUAGUUCAAAGGAAGUCAAAACAACCUUGAGUAGUAGUUUUGGUAGGAUGCGAGUGCAUAACCGGUAAGAUACUUAAUGUUUUAAGAUUUAAUGUACUUGGAUCAUAUAAGCUGUCACAACAAGCUUAAUAAAUCGGAGAAUCGAUUUGAUGGUAUCAUGUUCCUUUAAAGGGGCCCUGCAAGACUUUUUCAAGUAGCCAUGGAGCCAGUAAACAUGCUUGUUGCCUCACAAAUUUACUGCCGCAAAGUUUCUAGAAUCAGUCCAGUAUGAGUUCCAAAAGUUCCAAAAAUUUGUCGCACGCUGCAGUUGCAUUUUCUCUUUUCGUUUUGACGAAAUAACUGGAAGCUAAGCAGGGAGGAAUGGCACGGCAAAAGAAAAUACCCCAUACGCACCUCGUGAUCUUGAGCACCCCUCUUUUUUUCUUCAAGUGCGCGGCUUUUCAGUGAGAUCGCGCACGUACUCGUGGACAAGCGGCGGCCCCGGUAAUGACGACCGCACCAUGCUCAAAUCAGCCAAUGCCUGUGACCAGAGCCGUAUAUUUCUUCUUGGCUGUGACAAGAGAUUUUUGAGGUUGUAGUGUCAUUUGCCGAGGAAAGAAAGCUAUUUUAGCUUUGAAAAUUUAUUGUGAAUUACAGGCCACGUGCUGCGCUACAAUAUUUGCCUCGCGUGUUUUCGGCAGCAUUUUCUGACCAUGUACAGUAAGUGUUGCAGGGCCCCUUUAAAUUUGAAGAGGGGCUUUACGGCAAAGCGAAGUUUUUUGGAGUAGGUGCUUUUACUGUUUAGCACUCCUACAUUGCAGAGAAACCACCUUUACAGGUAGUGACAUGCGGAUUAAUAUACACCUAUUCGUUCAUUGCGAAUACUUCGAAAAUAUUCGAUAAUUUAAAUUCGAAUCUAAGCGAAUUCGAAUACUCAACUAUUCGUUCGAAUAUUCGAAGCAUUUUAAUAUUUGCACAAGCCUACAUUUUGGUGCUAGCAUAUUAUUCGCUAGCAAGAAGGGCUCUUUUACAGCGUUCGAAUACGAAGAUUGUAGCUUAGCUUGAGCUAAAGCUUCGUUGCUACGGACAUCAGCAUACGAAAACUAUGUGCACGCAAGUCCCAGUAACAGUUGCCGAUAUGCAAGCUGUAUAUCGUAUAGUUAGCAAGUCAUUUCACAUCUUUAAUUUCCCUUCUGUAUUUAGGACAUGUGUCCAUGACAGGGUGGCCACAGUGCGAGUUUGACAGGGUAAAAGGCUGAUUGAUUGAUAUGUGGCGUUUAACAUCCCAAAACCACCUAUAUGAUUAUGAGAGACGCCGUAGUGGAAGGACUCCGGAAAUUUCGAGCACCUGGGGUUCCUCAACGUGCACCCCAAAGGGUAAAAGGCUGUGCAGCGAUUGCUUGGUUGCACUUGAAAAUGAACACAAUUUUUAAUUUGUGCAGCCACCGCCAAAAACAAUUUAGCAGUGCGAACGUGUUGCCCAUAAAAAAUUUUGGCAUCGUAAUGAUGGUGUUCAAUGAAAAUUCUUGCAUUUACUUGGGAAAUAAGGAAGUGACAUGUACUACUCGUAUCUAUUUUGUACAUACUGCAGUGUUUGCUCUCCACUGUUCCCUAAUACUGUAUUUCUGGCAUGAUGUUUUCAUUCAUGACUGACUUUGUACAUUUACUGACAGACUAGUGUUCAGAUGGGUUUACAUUUUGCCUCAUACACUUGGGAAUGUGAGGGCGAACAUGAUAUGGUUGUUCAUAAAACUUACCAUCUUUAGCUUAUCUGGCAAAUCCAGAACACUGCCUGUGCAGUACAUUACAUGUAAAGAGAUUUGACCUUAAUGCAGCCAGAUAUGUGAUGGUGCUUCCAGUGUGUUGUUCUUACUGCAAAUAUCCACUGUUGAACAGUUUUGAUGGCUUAUUGUGUUGGCUGUAUAUCAUUGGCAACUGUAUAGUGUAGAAGAAUACCCUGAGCUUUCAGUGUUGAGCUAUCACCAGCCUAUCACUUGAUGGCCCCCACAGCCCUGCUUUGUCGCUCAUCACAUCUACAUUAACUACUUUUAUUAGUUGGUCGAAGUUCUUGCCAGAUAAUUUAAAGAAAUUGUGCAAAUCCAUAGUGAACAUGUAAUGGAACCUCUUUACUCUGGCAUUAGGACAUAAGGUAUAAACUAGGUUUCUGGCAGCGCACACCUGAAAACAUACAAAAUUGGUGAAGCCAUUUGCAGUUCUAUUUUGUUUUACCCCUUUUUUCCUUCCCCUCAGCCAUGUUUUUAUUUAUACAUGUCUGAAAUAAAGAUCCAAUUCAACUACUGCAUGCUCCAUAUCCUGGUUGAAUAAAGUUACAUUAAGAAAUGGCGGCACAGUAAGUGUUCCAGUUGUCAGCAGAUUACACUGCUACGGUGCUUGAGCUGAAGCUUUCUGUCCGGAAGGAGUACUGUACUCCAUUUCUUUUCUAAAGCUACCACAAUAGUUGAAGAAUCUGAAAAUGUGCCCCUCGGUUUGUGGACUGAGCUGUCGUAGUAUAGUUUGUGAAUUGUUCCAAAAGCAAAAGAGGUAUGUCUUACUCAUGCUGACACUCUCUUAUUAUAAAUUGGCCCAAGGAACAUGUGAGCCAAUAACUAUGCAUUCUGACAAAUGCAUUACUGAAGAAACAAAGAAAUUGUGCACAGAAACAGAAAUCCAAUCAGACAUUGUGCACUGAUAACUGGACAUUAAACUUAAUUGGCUAUGCACAUUUUUUGUCUUUUUGUGAAAGAACUACAGUGAAGACAUGCUGGUUGUGUCCACUGGUACUAAUCAACGUGCCAUCAUGGGAAAAAUGGUAUGAUGGAUCUUUUACUAGCUCACUUUACUUCUGACAUUUUACAUCUCCCUUCUUAAAGGCAACUUGCCUAAAACAAAUUUUAAGCUUAUCACGGAGUAGCAACAGUUAUAAGCUUUGUUGUUAUCUCACAGAAUUAAGUUCUUGCAUUUAAAAUAAUUCUGUUGUUAGCUGGUGAAAGGGACACUAAAGUCAAAUAACAAUUUACAUCAGAGUGAAAGCGCAAUGUAUGACUAUAUCUGAAACGACAAUAUUAUCAACAACAGAGCCCUACUUACCCUGAUAUUAAGGUAAAUGCACAAGAACACAAGCGCUGCAGUAGGACAUUUUCAAAAUGAUUCAGAUGACAUGAGACGGACCACCUACAAAUAAUUACUCGUAAUCGAUCUAACUGCACUAAAUAAAGAACCUUCCGUGCAUCAAGAGACGCAAUAAAAUGCUGCUUGUUCGUUUCUGUUUGAUUCAUGAAAAAAAGAACCGCCGGACGUUACUAUGGGGAAUGGCGCGAGUGGUUUAAAAAUUCAAUUUUAACAUAGUUACACGGUACAGGUGGUGCAGUUGAAACAAAAGCGUCUGCAAUCUCGAAGCCAAUUUUCGGGAAAUUGAUCAAUUGUCGUUGUUGCUGCUGUGGCUCCCGCUGAUUUCGGUCUGCUGCUACUAGCGCAGUAAAGCUGGGCAACAUUGUGCACAGCAACAGUGAUGUGAGACGUUCCAAUCGGUUUGCUUCUUGAGGCGGGUAAUUUGAAGUGAGCUAACUCGAUGCGGAGCACUAAAACAUGAUUUUAUUUCAAAAUAGGCCUUUUCUUGGCACGUAAGUAACACUACGAGGUUUCUGGACUGCCAUUUCAACAAUCAACGUCGACUUGAUAGUUGGCUUUUGUGUCCCUUUAAAGAUUCGAAUGAAUGAAUAAACUUACUUUGAAGUCCCGCAGUUUCGUCCGAGCGAGGUGAGAAAAAAGGAAAUUGACCCCUGUUACUUCCCACCCUUCGUCGAUUAUGAUGGCGAUGCCUCAGAUGACCGCUCAAAGUUCAACAAAGUAUUCUUUAGUAAUGAUGGAAGCGAUAAAUACACUAUCAGCCAGCCAUUUAUACGUAGUCUGUGGCACCCAUUAUUUCCACAAAAGUUGUUAUACUCGUGGUAUUAUUGAUGUUAAGCUCCCAUGGAUGAAGAGUGUGUACUAGACAUUAUGCAAAUUUUCAUAUUCUGGUCCGAACACUUCCGUAAGCAAGUGCAUGUGAUAAAUAUUAAACUUCCUGGGUGUAAAGCCAAAUGGUUCUCUUUUUUUUUUUCAUUCUUCAUUGUUCUGGUGUUGGAAUAUCGAGAGUGCAGGCACUGUUGCGCUGUUCAAAACCAUGGUAAAUUGAUUUUUACAGUCUGCCAGCUGUCUCUGUAACCAUCGUUCAUACCUUUUGCAUUUGUGGUGUGUACUUUCAUUUUUUGAACCCUUCUUUAUGCAUCCUGGCAGCUUGUAAUGUGAUUGCCAACGCUUUUCCAAGGAACUACUUUCAGAAAAUCAGUCAUGCUUGCCAAAGAACUUGAGUCCAUUCAUUAAACAGAAUCAUUUUAUACUAGUGCACAUUGUUUCCAUAAUAUAAUAAUAAUGUAAUCUGGCAAUUAGACUUGAAUACUGAAUUGCAGCUUCCUUGCACAGCUGUGGGACAGUUAGGAAAUAUUUUCAUAAGUUUAGGUGUGAUCUUGCAAAUUAUGGAAAUUUGCACCAGCAGUAAGUACUAAAGUUAAGCUACAUUAAUACUUUAGAUUUUCUGAUGGGUUAUUGCAUAUCGCACCACCCAUCUGAGGACAGUACAUUAAAACAACACUAAGGUUAUCUUCCUGCAAACUGUGCAAAGUUUCACUGCAGUGUGUAUUUUUUAACCCACAACUGCAUUUUUUUGUUUUUUGCUUCAGAAUUUCGGCAUGCACACCAUUGUUAACAUCUUAUGACUACACAAACAUACUAUAAGGGUCUUCGUGUUGAGGCCAGCCUAAGAGUUUUUGUAGAAGUUUCAUGUUGUGCCCGAAUAUUAAAUAUGUAUUCAACACAAGCACCUAAAAGCAUAGCGUACUUAAGUCCUUAACUCACAAUAUGUCUAAGUACCUGCUAAUGUUUAUGUGGACAAGUUAACAUUAUAGGACUGGUUGUGCACUUCAUCAAUAUCUCUGAAUAUUUAAGGCCAUCUGAAAGGUGCUUUAUCAGAUGUUUUCAUGGAAACAUUUUUGUUAUUUCAGCCUGGUCUGUUUUCUUGGAAUGGUUGAAGCAGCUGUCAUGAGACUAUGGAGAGAUCUGAUUGCUGUUGAUAUCUGCAAUAAAGGAUGUCUAAACAAGCUU